CUCUGCUCACCACGGAAUCUCUGAGCGUUCCGCUGGUAGGGCCGUACGAUAUGUUGGGCAAACACCUAAUUUUUACCGAGACUUCACUUUUAACUGCUACAACGGCGUGAGUGUAAACAACGGGAGAGUUGGCUAAUCACUUUUUUCACCAGUAAAUCUUGUGAAAUAUAGUUUCACCAACAGUAGGUUGGAUAAGGAAGAAUUAUGGGGUCGUACCUAGAAGAUAUGAAAACAUAUUUCAAGACGCACAACAAACAGAAGGAAUACGUGGGUCAUAACUCUAAGGUCCACACCAUCGGGUGGAACGCUGACGGUCGUCGCCUGGCGUCUGGCUCUUAUGACAAAUGUGUCACCAUCUUUGUGUUUGACGGCCACCGCGAGACUCUGAGGAAGGACUACACAUACAAAGGUCACGGGGACAGCGUUGACCAGCUGUGUUGGCACCCAACUCACUCUGAGCAGCUCACCUCAGCCAGUGGGGACAAGACUGUCAGGAUCUGGGACACACGUACUCAUAAAUGCUCAGCCACCAUCAAUACCAAGGGAGAGAACAUCAAUAUCACUUGGUCACCAGACGGCCACACCAUAGCAGUAGGUAACAAGGAGGACCUGGUGUCAUUUAUUGAUGUGCGCAGUCAGAAAAUACGCCAUGAACAACAGUUCAAGUUUGAAGUUAAUGAGUUGUCAUGGAAUAAUGCCAAUGACCUAUUCUACCUCACUAAUGCCCAGAGUGGCCAGGGAUACAUACACAUCUACAAUUACCCUGAAAUGGAACUGGUCCACUCAAUCCAUGCCCACCCUGGUAACUGCAUCUGUAUCAAGUUUGAGCCCCAUGGACACUACUUUGCCACAGGCUCAGCCGAUGCUCUUGUGUCUAUUUGGGAUGCACAAGAACUCUACUGCAAAAUGACAUUAUCCAGAUUAGAGUGGCCAGUCCGCACCCUCAGCUUUUCACAUGAUGGACAAUUGUUGGCAUCAGGCAGUGAAGAUCAGACAAUUGAUAUCGCCCAUGUCAGCACAGGAGAACAGGUGGCACAUAUCAGUGUUGCAUAUCCUACCUUCACACUAGCCUGGCACCCCCGGGAUUUUCUUCUGGCAUAUGCUUGUGAUGACAAAGAUGAUCGUGAUCGUGACCGUGAUGCUGGGACAGUCAAGCUCUGGGGUUUGGGUGAGCGGAGUUAAAGGUAUAAUGUACUGUAUUGUAUUCGUAAAAUGUAGACCCUGAGUUAUUUUUUAUAUACAUUGUAGAUGAAAACAUGACAUUUGUAAAGUUUUAUAUGUGUUGAGGAAAUCUAGUACAGGGUAAGCUAAAGAUAAGUGAACCAGAUUACUGAAAAUAUAAAAUUAGCAUCAAAAGUUUGUGAAAAUGUACAGUAAUGGAUAAUAAGAAAAGCUACUGUUGAGGCAUUUCUAAAUUAUAAGUAAAUAUCAGGAUGGAAUGUGAAUUAGAAACAUGAGAAACAACGGACUUAAUGUAGCUACCUGAAGACAUGAUGUUAGAAGGCUGAGCAACAACACUUUUAUACAAUUCCAAGUGUAAUAAAUGACCAUCAUUCUUUAUUAAAGAAUUCUUUAGUA